AUGUCCACAUGCAGAUGCGUUUUCCUCCGGAGCAACCAGGCUGGUAUGAAGACUCGUGUUGGCGCUCUCAAUGGCAAGCGGGUGGACUACUUCAAAGGCAAAUCAGCCGUGAAAGCUCUGCUGUCACCUGCUUACGCCAAAGCCAAAAAUGUGCCAGAGAUCACUACUGAUGCGCAAGCGGAGGCAUUCCUGCAAACUAUCUCGCAGUACAUGUUUUUCAUUCGUGUAGACCGCGCUGAACAAGUUACAGUCAGUCCCAUACAAAGCUUUUCGCACGACGCGUAUUUUGCCUGGUUCUACGAUGGCUCACAGUGGACCACUUAUGCCGGAGGAUUAUUGAUGGUGGCCAUUAUGCUUGCUGGCGUAAUGUUCCCUCUGUGGCCGCCUAUCAUGCGCCUUGGCGUUUGGUACCUCAGUAUGGGGGCGCUAGGUCUCAUUGGCGCAUUCUUUGGCUUAGCCAUCAUCCGACUUAUAUUCUACAUCAUCACGAUCAUCGCCGUGCCACCUGGAAUAUGGAUAUUCCCCAAACUGUUUGCAGAUGUUGGCGUUAUUGAAUCAUUUAUUCCAUUGUGGGAAUGGGACCUACCGAAGAAGAAGGGCGAGAGGAGAAGGAAAGGCAAGAAAGGGGCAGGUGGAGAAGAUGAUGUGCAAGCAACGGCAGAUGAUUCUGCUGGGAGUUCACGUCCGGAGAGUAGAUCGGCACGUGUAGAGGAAGUCCCCGACGAGGACUCAUGA